ACGACUGACUCUCAACAGUCUCAACUCCUCCCUCCCUCCCUCCAUUUGGUUCGAUCAGUCCGGCCAAGUACGACCCAAAAAUGCCUCCGAAGAACACCACCACCACCACCCUAUGCUCCGUCCCUUCUCUCUUCAUCUCUCUCUCACUCCUCUGCAUCCUCUCACUCUCUCUCUUCCUCCUCCUCUCCCACAACCUAUCCCCAUCUCUACAUCCCCAAACUACCCCCACCAACUCCUUCAUCAAUGUCUACGUCGCAGACCUACCCAGAUCCCUCAACUACGGCCUCCUGGAACAAUACUGGUCUCUCACCACCGAUACCAGGCUGGGAAGCGAAUCAGACAAUCAAAUCCGGUCCGCCCGUUCUUGGAGUCAGAAUCUUCAGUACCCUAGUUACCCGGAGAAUCCCAUUAUCAAGCAGUAUAGCGCCGAGUACUGGAUCACGGGCGACCUCAUGACGACGCCCGGGGAGCUGCGGACGGCGUCCUUCGCGAGGAGGGUUUUUGAUUAUGCUGAGGCCGACGUGGUUUUCGUGCCCUUUUUCGCCACAAUGAGCGCGGAGAUGCAGCUGGGUGUGGGGAAGGGCUUGUUUAGGAAGAAGGAGGGGAAUGAGGAUUAUGAGAGGCAGAGGCAAGUGGUGGAUUUUGUCAAGGGUAGUGAGGCUUGGAAGCAGUCCGGAGGCCGUGAUCACGUAUUUGUUCUUACUGACCCCGUUGCAAUGUGGCAUGUCAGAGCUGAGAUUUCCCCAGCAGUCCUCCUAGUUGUAGAUUUUGGUGGGUGGUACAGGCUUGACUCAAAAGCUUCAAGCAGUAACUCGUCAGAUAUGAUACAACACACCCAGGUUUCGCUGCUUAAAGAUGUGAUUGUGCCGUACACACAUCUAUUACCUAGGUUGCUGAUAUCGGAAAACCAGGAACGCCAAACCCUUAUGUACUUCAAAGGUGCUAAGCAUCGGCAUCGGGGAGGGAUGGUUCGUGAAAAAUUAUGGGACUUGUUGGUUAACGAACCAGGGGUUGUUAUGGAAGAAGGCUUCCCUAAUGCUACUGGAAAGGAGCAGUCAAUAAAAGGGAUGAGAACCUCAGAAUUCUGCUUGCAUCCAGCUGGGGACACCCCAACUUCUUGUCGACUUUUUGAUGCCAUUCAGAGCCUCUGUAUACCAGUCAUUGUCAGCGACAAUAUUGAGCUCCCAUUUGAAGGAAUGGUGGAUUAUUCCGAAUUUUCUGUUUUUGUUGCAGUUACUGAUGCUUUGCAACCAAACUGGCUUGUGCGUCAUCUAAGGAGCUACUCGGACAAGCAAAAGAAUAUUUUUCGCCAGAAUAUGGCUCAAGUUCAGCCCGUUUUCGAGUAUGAUAAUGGCCAUCCGGGUGGUAUUGGGCAUAUACCAUUGGAUGGUGCUGUGAAUUACAUAUGGAAAAAGGUCCACCAAAAAUUGCCCAUGAUUAAGGAAGCCAUAAUUCGGGUAAAGAGAAAACCACCAGGUGUAUCUGUUCCACUUCGAUGCCAUUGUACCUGACUUUAAAAGGCCGCCGUGUUACAACAAAUUCCAGAGAUUUCAUAUGUGAGUUUCAAAUUCUGCUGUGUAAAGCAUCCCUCUGCAGCAAGAAAGGGUACCCAAUACCCCUUCUCCUUGAAGGAAACAUCACAAAUAAGACACUUACCGCAAACCCAACCACCAGAGGAACAGUGUUGAUGACCUUUCUUGGCAUUUCCGGGUAAUAGCAGUCCACAACAUCAUGGUGCAAAGUUGCGAAGGUAAGGAAAGCGAUCAAUGAAAGAGACGAGUGGAAGAGAUCGGACCACCUCAGCUGGUAAUCUGGCGGCAUGAGUGGCUUCUUCCGACCUCCGUUGAAAGUCCAAAUUCCACUGAAGGUAGCCACCCCAUAGUGUAACCUGUUGGAAACGAAAUGGUUUUACUUUUAACAAUCUUUUUGGUAAAUCUUGAGCACAUAAAAAAGUGAGGACCAUAAGUCUUUGGAGAUGAGCUCUUAGAAGUGUGUUCAGCUCCGUGAGGUGAUUAAUCUAAUCCAUUUCUAAACUUAAAUUCACUAGUUUUGAUCACUUUUUUCUGUUCUACUUUCAUGUUUUGUCUAUUUCUGUUGCAUCAGUAUCAGUGGUUUCGGUUUUAUCAUUGCAGUACCAAAAUAAAAGUAGACUAUUUCAUAACCUAACCUUCCUGUGGUGGUCCGGAAGCUGUCUGUGACGGAAAGGAAGACGCAAGAGGUGGCUGAGAGUCCUGAGAAGAAACCCAUCAGCCACCGGUUUGUGGGGUCGCAUUUUCCGUUGUUGGUUAAGAGAGGGGUGAAAAUGGUGAAGGCGAGGAUAGUGGCAGUGGGGAGAAGAACAUUGAGGCGAGCGGUGCCGCUCAGGAUUGUGUUGAGGAUAUAUAUGAAGCGGGAUUCGUCGAUGUCGUCUUCUGUUGGAUAGUAGAGUUUGUCAUCUUUACCUUUCUCGAUUAGGUCUUGCUGGAUUGAGUCUUCCAUUGUUGUUGGUCCCAUGGAAUGUGCAUAGGAAAGGUUAUUCUGGUUUCUGAAAGGGGAAGGAGAAUUCUUUGUUAAAGUAAAGGGGCAGGCACGAGAAUCUCUCUCUCUUACACAUUCUUUUCUUCGUUUGACAAUUGACAAGAAGGGUGGGUUCGUUUGUAGUUGCUUUUAGCAUUUUCUUUUGCUUUGCUUCUCAAUUCAAGUUCCAAGGGGUUCCGUUCCAUC